AUGUUCACCACCAAGUUCCUCUCCUUCAUCCUCCUCCACUGCGCCCUCCUCUCCCUCGUCUCAGCCCAGGAACCCGCAUCGUUCAACCCAUGGGAAUACCGCAAGACGUUCGUCACCUGCCCGGCCGUCGACCGCAGCGGCGCCACCCCGGUCCCCACCAACCUCCGCCUCGCCUACCUCGACAUCAACCCCACCGCCAGCAAGACCCUCGUCCUUGUCCACGGCUGGCCGAGCUUGUGGACGACGUAUCGGAACCAGAUCACGGAGUUCUCAAAGGAAUAUCGGAUUAUCGUGCCCGAGCAUCGUGGGUAUGGCGAUUCACAGCAUCCGGUCGACUUGGAGUCAUCAAAUACGAUGUACGACUUCGUGGAUGAUGUGCUCUGCGUGCUUGAUAAUGCGGGCGUCGAUACCGGGGUGUGCGUCGGGAACGAUUUCGGGGCGCAAUUGUGCUGGGAAGCGGGACGGAGCCGACCUGAUCGGUUCGUCGGGGUGUUUAACAUCGGGAUUCCGUAUGUGUCCGCAACUCUUGGAUUUUCGACGAACAGGGCGCUGGCUGCAUUGAACCCGUUCUUCACCUACCAAGUGUACCUCGAUGAAAUGGAGAAGCCGGCGGCGAAGGAGUUGGACUCGGACAUUCGAGCGUCGAUCCGAUCAUGUGCGCGGACUGCGGAGACGGCGCCGCCUGCAGAGUUUUUGACAAAGAACACGACGUUCUUAGGACCGUGGAAACAAUACCUCAAGGAAAACAACCUGACGGAAAUACCCGCCUCUGGAAUCAUGUCGAAGACUGUUGAGGACUACAUGGUCGACUCAUAUAGCAAGCAAGGAUUCUACAAUACUUUCAACGGGUAUCAACUGGGCAAUAGAAACCUCACCUACCAGUUCGAGAUAGGUCAGGGCAACUACACCUUGCCCCAACCAACCUUCACCCUCUUCAUGACUAAGGAUCCCGUUUCGGAUUGGGAAGAAUUUGCCGAACUAAUUGGAUCGGCAUCGUUCCUCUCAAACCACUUCAACCAGACAAUUGAAACUGCUCAUUGGCCGCACGAAGAGAAACCCGUCGAGUUCAACGCUAUCCUUCGAGAGUGGUUGGGUAAUGUGACGUUCUCACAGACGCCGGGGAAUGGUUCAGCGCCGGGGAAUGGUUCGGCGGUGCGGUGUUGA